AUGCGCUCUUCUCUAUCGUUCAAGCUCCUGCUCAUUCUCACCUGGUCCGACCGAGUCAUCAGUUCCCUUCGCGAUGCAUCGCAACAGGUCGUUAUUGCGCCGCCAGAAAAUGUCAACGAUGCCGCGGUUGCCUCCUCCGACUUUCAUCACGAGCACAUCGUCGAUGACACGAUGCUCGCGGCCCUUAAGGCCUACCCCGACCCCGUCGACGCCAUGAUCUCCCUCCAACCUGAGAUGGCAGCACAGCUCGCCGAAUCCAGACUGAUCCAUAGCACGUGGCUGGUGCCUGGAGGCUGCGAGCAGGUUCGGGUUGGUACUAUGUCGCCAGCCGAGGCAUCGGCGCUUCUUCUGCGACACCUGCGGAUGGAUUUCCAGCCGGUCGCCGAGGACAUGCGGCGCCGCUGCGAGGAAGUAGCGGACAAGCUUGGAUAUCUCGCGCUUGCCGUUGAGCUGGCAGGCGCCUAUAUCGGCAACGAUGCUACGCCUACGCAGGCUCUGUUGCAGUACAUCGAGGACUACGACAGGCACCGUGACGAGCUCUUGCGGAUGGAUAAUUUCCGCGGCCUACUGCCGACGCAGAAGACAGUGUGGACGGUUUGGCAGACGACGUUGGACAAGAUCAGGGCAGAACACGCGGAUCUGCAGCCCGGGCUGCUGCUGACAUUUCUUGCACAGUUCAGAGGCACGAUAGUGCAGGACGAGAUGCUCCGCCUGGCCAGUCUCGGCAUGGCAGCCGUGGACGCCGAAGUUGGCGACCGGCCAGACGACGGGAUACCCAGUGGGCUCCGGCAAUUUCUCCCCUGCGAUAGAGGCGAGUGGGUCAGCUUUCGGUACCGGCGGGCGCGUGAUAUCUUGCAUGGUGCAGUGGCGGGCGACGCAGGACGAUGCGGGUCGACGGUGGCGGUGGUGGUAUAUGAUGAUUAUAGUGGCCGCGUGCUGUCAGAUGAUAGAAGAGCACAAGCCGGGCUUCCGGCGACACCUGAUUAUGCACCUCCCGGGAAAUGGGGAGGAUUUUGGGAUGGAGCUAAGACAUUGAAAGAGCACGAGUGCUUGUUUGGAACAAUACUUGGCAGGGUAUAUUACGGUGAAGGACUUUGGAAGGAGGCCGAGUCGCUGUUUGUACAGGUAAUGGAGACGUUGAAGAGGGUGCUGGGAGAGGAGCAUCCCGACACGCUGACCAGCAUGAGCAACCUGGCGUCAACAUAUGGGAACCAGGGCCGGUGGUCAGAGGCCGAGUCGCUAGUUGUACAGUCAACAUUACUCGCCAUGAAUGCAUGGCAGAUAGACACCGACAGUGAAAACCAGGAGGUGGAGAAUUAA